UUGGAAGUGCAGUGCUCGAGAGUGUUUUAAACGAAGAAUUAUGAUAUAAAAUAGGAAAAAUGGCAUCAUUCAAAACAGAAAAGCAGCUUCUACCACCGGAAACGGGUGCGGAUUACGCGUUCCCUUUUUUACCGUACGAUAUUCAGCUGGACUUCAUGCAAUCCUUGUACACCGUGCUGCAUAAUGGAAAAAUCGGAAUCUUUGAAAGUCCAACCGGAACAGGGAAAUCACUGAGCUUAACAUGCGGUUCCCUUACGUGGCUGAAAGAUUACGAACGUUUGGUGGAAGAUGAAUUACGUACAAAAAUCGAUCACCUCCGAGCGGAGAUCGCUCGGUUAGAAAAGGAGAAUGAAGUUGCCAGAGACUGGAUUACGGGACAGUACAAUGCAAUGGGCCAACGGAAUGAGCUGGGCGAACUAACUGCCUUCAGGGAUGCGCUGGAAGCUUAUAAAAAGUAUAUGUUGCAGUUGAAAGAUAAAGCGGUGCUACAAAAGUUACGAUGGGUUUCGGCGAAGGAAGCCGCCGAUCGAAAAGCCGAUAUGCUGAAGGAAGAACCACUCUUGAAGCAGGAUGUUGUAGUCGAUGAGGAUGAAUUUUUAAUCCCCAAUGAAAGCGAUGACAGUGAUGGAGAUGAGGACGUUGAAGAAAGGAAAGAAGAACUCGAUCGCUACCGUCCAGUGCAGGUUAUAUUCUGCAGCCGAACGCAUUCCCAGCUGGGUCAGGUGGUCGGUGAGGUGAAAGAAACGACCCACUCGAAAGAUUUACGAUUAAUGUCACUGGCUUCACGACAAAGUCUCUGUAUUAAUCCGGAAGUACGGAAGCUGAAAAGCAAUACCUUGAUAAACGAACGCUGCCUGGAACUGCUGAAAAAGGGUGGAAAGGCCAAGGGAAACGCCAGCAGUGAAGACGGCAGUAGUAACGCAAAGAAACGCCGUAAAACAGGCCAAAAAAGCUGUCCCUACUACAAUCAACGUGCAAUCGAGGGGCUGAAGAACGGCACCCUGUUCGAGGUGCCCGAUAUUGAGGAUCUCGUGAAAGCCGGAACGCGCGAAAAGGCAUGUCCAUACUAUGCAUCGCGUGCAGCAAUUCCCGACGCUCAGGUGCUCAUGGUCCCGUACCAAUUGAUCUUGCACCGGCGCACCCGCCAACAGUCCGGAAUUGAUCUUCGAGGGUCCGUUUUAAUAAUCGACGAGGCACACAACCUCCUCGACACAAUCGCUUCCAUUCACAGCCAGGAGCUGAGCUACGAGCAGCUGUGCCUGGGGAAGAUGCAACUGGCCGCUUACAAAGCGCGUUACUUUGCACGUUUUUCCACGAAAAACCUUCUCCGGAUCAAUCAGUUGAUUUUUAUCGCUACCCGGCUGGGGAAACUGCUCUCAACGGAGGUUAAACCGCUCAGUGGUUCAAACGACACUCCCGCCCAAGGAUCUCGAAUGCUACAACCACACGAGCUGCUGGUCGAGGGUGACAUAUUCAAUCUUAAUCUUACCGAUAUCCUAGCGUUUUGUGAACGAACGCACAUUGCACAAAAAGUUCACGGAUUUGCGCAAAGUUGCCCACCGGAACUGGUCGAUCCGUGUGCGUCAACUCGACCAAAAGUCGGGACGACUUCGAGGGAUUCAUCAAGUGGAUUGAAAGGUCUACUGAAAACACUUGAAGAGGAAAACAAGCGUAAGGUACAGUUGAAAAAGAAAGUUCGACCAACUGGAGCAACAUCCAAAACGACGGUGGAAGUAGAAAAUGGCAGCAAUCAAGAGAAUGCACCGCAGGAUCAGAGGAGUCAACCUACGGGGAAUGUCAUACGUCCUUUGCUUAACUUUCUCGAGUGUCUCACAGAGGACGGUAGUGGCGAUAGCCGUGUGUUGUUGACGCUGAACGGAAAGGAUCCGCCGCAGUCGAGAAUGAAGUAUCUUCUUCUCAAUCCGGAGGCUCGGUUCGAGGAAAUCGUGCAAAGCUGUAGAUCGUUGGUGUUAGCGGGAGGUACGAUGCAGCCGACGGAGGAAUUAACCGAACAGAUUUUUCGCAAUUGCCGUGAUCGGGUAACGAUCAAAAGCUAUCCCCACGUGGUUCCCAAGGACGCUGUGUUACCGAUCGCACUUGCCCGUGGCCCCUCGGGCAAGGAGUUUCUGUUCAACUUUAGUAAUCGUCAAAACCCGGAACAAAUGGCUGAGCUUCAGUCGACACUUCUGAACCUUUGUCAGAUCGUACCGCACGGUGUGGUGGCCUUCUUCAGCUCCUACGACUACCUGGAGCUGUUCUGCAGCAAGUUGGAGGAAUCGGGUAACCGGGCCCGGCUGGAGGAACGGAAGAAAAUCUUCCGCGAGCCGCGAGCCGCCGGACAGGUCGAGAAAACGCUUCUAGAUUAUGGUCGGGCGGCAAAGUCGGCCAACGGAGCGCUACUACUCAGCGUCGUCGGUGGUAAGUUGAGUGAAGGAUUAAACUUUUCCGACGAACUUGGCCGGUGUGUGGUGGUGGUGGGUUUACCCUAUCCGAAUCGUACCAGUCCGGAGCUGGCGGAACGGAUGCGUUAUCUCGAUCGAUCGCAGGCACCGACGCCGAAAGGUUCCGGUGCGGCUGGAAAUGAGUAUUACGAGAACCUUUGUAUGAAAGCCGUCAAUCAGUGCAUUGGCCGUGCUGUACGCCAUAUACGGGACUAUGCCGCGGUCGUGCUGCUCGAUUCGCGCUACUGCAACAGUGAUCGCGUUCGGCGGAAGCUUCCCGUGUGGAUCUCGGAGCGAUUGACCUGCGUCGAAAGGUACGGCCAGGCGCACGGAAGCUUGGUGAAGUUUUUUCGCGAUCAUAAAAUGAAACGGGGAGAAUAAAUAUCACCUUCAGUAGAGGAAACUGGCUCGUCCGCAUAAGAGU